AUGCAAGGCUUUAAUAUGGGACGUUAUGUCCCACCGGAUCAAGAAGGCAUCACAUCUGCAAACAAGUUAGCGGGCAAGCACCCCCUCGGCGCGCGCGCCCGCCACCUUCAAACGAAAGGCGCCCUCAUCGUCCGGUUCGAGAUGCCCUUUGCAGUAUGGUGUACAACAUGCAAGCCACACGAAACUAUUAUCGGUCAAGGUGUGCGCUUCAAUGCGGAAAAGAAGAAAAUCGGGAACUAUUAUUCGACUCCCAUCUUUAGUUUCCGCAUGAAACACACCGUCUGCGGCGGCUGGAUCGAAAUUCACACCGACCCAAAGAAUACAGCUUACGUAGUCGUUGAGGGUGGUCGGAAACGGGAUGUCGGUGAUGACAAGCCGGCCAUUCCAGGUGAAAUCGUGCUUAGGGGGCACUUGGAAGAUGUCAAGGAGAAGAACGAAGAUCCCUUGGCAAAAAUCGAGGGGAAGGUUGAAGACAAGCGACGAGCGCAAUCAGAGACAAGCCGGAUAUUAGAAUUACAGCAUCGACAGAGUCGUGAUUGGGAUGAUCCCUACGAAAAGUCCAAGCGCCUACGACGCACGUUUCGCGCGGAGCGGAAAGGAUUGGAAAAGUUAGAAGCCAACCGUGAAGCUUUGAAGGACAAGAUGAGUCUUGGUAUUGAACUGGUCAAUGAGACGGAAGAAGAUCGCCAAAGAGCUGGCAUGGUUGAUUUUGGCGACGACACUUCUCUGUCAGACGCCGGCCGAGCAACCCGAACGCGACCCAUGUUCGAGAAUUUCAAACCAAAAGACUCCAAAAGUGACAAAAAGCGCAUUGGAGAGCAUAACGAAUUGCUUCGCAGCGAGCUCAAGGGCAACACGCGCGCCACAGUUGAUCCUUUCCUCAAAGACUUGGCGGACUCUCAAGACAUUUGGAAGCCAGGUGUGAAGAGAAAAAGAAACUCUUCGAAAUCAGCUCCACAGCCAACCUUGCAGAGUGGGCAUGGCUCUGGAUUUAUGAGUUCAGCAGAGGACGAGGGCAUGUCAGAGUCGAAAGGACCAGAACCGGGAAAGACUACCGAGCAGGGAGCUCCACCUGCAUCGGUCACGUCGGCGCUCGUAGGCUAUGACUCCGACACCAGUUUUAAUUCUGAGUGA